AUGAAUCUUAGAUUGGAUACCUUGAGCAAUUUACGGACCCUAAAAUGUUCGGAUGGAAGUUGGAUGGAAGAAGGUGGUUUAGCAUGCAUGACUAAUUUGCAACAACUGAAGAUAGUAGAAUUAACAAAAGCAAACUUAGACUUAGUGGUUUCCAACAUAGAGAGAUUCCACUGCCUUCAAUCCUUGUCUCUGGAAUUUAAGGGUGGCCAACCAACAACCAUAAGACUUUCUCAUUUUGAGCAUCUUCACAAGCUCCAUUUGGCUAGGAGAAUAAACAAGCUACCUGAACUCCCACAGAAUCUUGUCAAGCUAAGUCUGUUGUAUUCCGAUCUUGAGGAAGAUUCAAUAGAUGAUUUGGAAGAGUUGAUAGUGGAAGAAGGGGCAAUGAUGAAGCUCAAUAAUCUAGACAUAAGCCGUUGCCCUCGAUUGGAAUUGGGAAAGAUUCCAGAACGAUUGAAGUUAUUGACUUCAUACUCUUGA